CAGAGCUCAGUCCCGGGCUGUCAGUCUCCACUUUCUAGGGGCUCCUGCGCGCUCCGAUCCAGUCCUGCAGCCGGUAGGGGAAUGCUGUUGCUGCUGCUCUGCGUCGUGUCCAGCGCUCUUCCACGAUUUAUCAGAGCAGAUGCUUGCGAGGAUGUGAGUAUGCAGGAGACUGUGUCAGUAGGCCAGCCUACGGCUUUUAACUGCAUAUACCCUCUGCCAACAUCUGGGAGGGUAGAUGCAACAUGGUAUAAAUAUCCUAGGAAAAUCCCAGUAUCCAAAAACAUACAGUCUAGGAUCCACCAGGACCAAAACUGGAUUUUGUUUCUCCCUGUGAAAGGGGAGGACUCUGGGAUCUACCACUGUGAUACAAAUGAUACAAACAUCUGUCCCAGAAUGCAAGUCAACCUCACUGUAUUUAAAAAACACUGGUGUGGUACUUCCAGAAACAGUCAACCGAACGUGCCAGAUGAGUACAAACAGAUUUUAUAUGUUGGAAAAGAUGACACUCUUAUGUGUCAUCUGAACUUCCCAAACAGUUUUGAUUUGGAUUCAGUAAAGUGGUAUAAGGACUGUAAAGAGAUUGAAGGAGAACGAUUUAUUUCUUGGGGAAGGAAGCUUUUAGUGACGAAUGUCUCAGCAAAGGAUGGAGGGAACUAUGCGUGUCAAGCCAGGCUCACAUAUGCAAAGAAGCAGCACACUGUUUUAAAUAGCAUUUCUGUGAAGAUCAGAAAAGUGGGAAAUGGAAGAAGAAUCCCUAAGAUCAUUUAUCAAAAUAAUUCAAUUGAAGUAAACCUUGGUUCCACCCUCAUCGUGGACUGCAAUAUAACAGACACACGGGGUAACACAACACGCUACUGGAGGGUCAAUAACACAUUGGUCAAUGUUUACUACAAGGAAUCCAAACGAAUUCAAGAAGGAAGCGAAAACUACACUGUUUUUCAAGGACAUCUUUUUUACACAAUGAACAUAACCUUCUUAGAAGUGAAAAUGGAAGAUUAUGGCCACCCUUUCACAUGCCAUGCUGGAGUGUCUGCAGCUUACGUUAUACUAAAACUCCCAGUUCCAGAUUUUCAAGCUUACUUGAUAGGAGGGCUUCUUGUCUUGACCAGCGUGGCGGUGUCUGCUGUGUGUAUCUACAACGUUUUUAAGAUCGACAUUGUACUCUGGUAUCGAAGUGCCUUCCAUUCUGCAGGGCCCAUAGAAGAUGGGAAGCUGUAUGAUGCAUACGUCUUGUGCCCCAAGCCUCAAAGAGAAAGCCAGAGCCAUGAUAUGGACACUCUGGUGUUGAAGAUUCUCCCCAAGGUGCUGGAGAGGCAGUGUGGAUACAAGUUAUUUAUAUUUGGCAGGGAUGACUUUCCUGGACAAGCUGUGGUCAAUGUCAUCGAUGAAAAUAUUAAGCUGUGCAGAAGACUGAUCAUCUUCAUAGUUCCCGAAGCGCUAAGCCUUGACCUAUUAAGGAACAUGUCUGAAGAACAAAUCGCAGUCUACAAUGUUCUCAUCCAGGACGGGAUAAAGGUCAUUCUGAUUGAACUGGAGAAGGUCAAGGACUAUACAACCUUGCCAGAGUCCAUUCAGUACAUCAGACAGAAGCAUGGGGCCGUCCAGUGGAGUGGGGACUUCACAGAGCAGUCGCAGUGUGCAAAGACCAAGUUCUGGAAAAAAGUGAGGUAUCACAUGCCACCCAAAAGGUGGCCACCUUCUCCCCCUGUCCAGCUGCUAAAGCACACACCCUUCGACCUCAUGGACAGCAAGUGGGAGGCCAACGUGGGGUUCAUCACCCCGUGAUGGAGAUGUUGGUUGUCAUGUGGUGGCUCACAUUUAAAUAAGGAUGCACUGCCUUUGGGCCAUUCGCUUGAAGCUUACGGUUGUGUACUUGUGGAAAGGACUGUGUUUAUUUGCUCAUGUUGCUCAGAGCUACUUCGUUAGGGAAAGACAUUACCUCUCCCGAAGCCCUCAUUAACUGACUGGCUCAUGAACACUGAUGAACGUGGAGCAUUAGCGUUUGAUUCCCUGGGGAUGGGACAUGGAGGGUUGUAGAGUGGCAGUUCAGAUGUCAGGUGGUUUGGCAUGUGGUGUGGCCCCAGUGGGGCUGGGUAGCCAGGAUACAGGAGGGCAGUGUGGGCUUGGGUAGGGCUGGCAAAGGUAAUGGCCCUCACUCUUCAUGCCUGACCAGUGUGCAAGGCCCUUGUCCUCAGGGAAUAUUUGCUGUGUCUCUGAGCCCCUCUCACUCCUCAAAUGCAAAUAAAUACCUGUGACCCCGCAGUCUGAGCGCCUUGACACUGGAAGCAACUUGGAGGUCACCUAGACCUGUGGGGACCAACUCUGGUGCCACCGAGAUUGCCCGUUAAUCACCCUGCUGGUGGGCCCCAUGCUUUGAAAGACUUUACCUGUCAAACCAAAAUAAGUAAGAACUCACUUAUUUUUUUUCCAGCUGGCCUACGUCAGCCGGAAUUCUGAGCCACGUGUGAUAGAUGCAGUUACCACACCAAGAGGAUGUACUUCUACUCCAAGUAAACAAAGCCAUCUUUCAGAUAGCUGGCAUCACUCUCAUCACAGGUCAUCACAGUUUAUGAUUUAACAAGUCACAAAGAUUUCUGACACUAAAAUUUAGCUGUAAACUCUUAUCAUUACUUUCAAAGACCCAAACUGUUGGAGCUUAGAUAUAGUCCAACUCUCUUAUUCUGUAGUUGACAACAGCAGCAUUCAAAGGUGGUGCUAUGGUGAGAAUGUUCCCGUCCCCAGAAUUCAUAUGUUGGAAUCCUGACACCCAAUGUCAUGCUUUAGGAGGUGGGGCCUUGGGAGGUGAUUAGGCCUUGAGGGAGGAGCCCUCAUGGAUGGGAUUGGUGUUGUUUUUUUUUUUAACAUCUUUAUUGGAGUAUAAUUGCUUUACAAUGGUGUGUUA